AUGACUGAGACAGCAACGCCGACCAGCUCGGACCGAGCGCCCACAGAGUCUGCAAUUCCAAAAGCCAUUUCAAUACACAAGGGAUCACAGACAUCAGCGUAUAGGGGACAAGGAGACCACCAACGAGGCUCAAAUCAAAAGGCACAUGUGGUUCAGCCAAAGUACCGCCUCCACGCUGAGGACCUUCGUCAUCCAGAAUCAACAACCUUCUUCAACUAUGUCCCGGACUUGACUGCGACCCUCGAUACGGCACUUGAGAACAUCAUCAAAUACCUCUAUACGCCUCCCAAAAGUCCUUCGCCAGAGGAGACAGCAGCUUUACCGCGACGCAAACAUCCGCACUUUGUCCCAUCUAUUCCUCCCACGCGCUCAGUGACUGUGUUUCUGCGGGAUUUUAGCGGCGUAGCCUAUACAACGGGCACGGAGCUUGAUAACGACCACAAAGAAAUCCAUCUUUCCUUGCCCUAUAUCAGUCAUUGCAAGAACGGUGCGGCGAAGGCCGACCCGGUGCAUGAGCUUGCUGGCGUGCUGACACACGAGCUCGUUCACUGCUACCAGCAUACCUCGCCGCCGGAUUCUGUGAAGAAGGGAAAACAUGUCCCUGGUCCUCCCGGUGGCCUCAUUGAGGGGAUUGCUGAUUUCCGUGGUGCGUGGAUAGAAGAAGAAUGGGCAGGUGAAGGCGCAAUCGGUAUGCUCAAUGAUCGACUGCUACGAGUCGGUUAUGUCGGAGAGGAAGAAGGCCAGAACUGUGGUAGAGGGGAAAGUUUCUGGGAGGGUCUCUUCGGCGCCAGUGUGACCGACCUGUGGGGGAAAUAUGGGAAAUGGCUUGAUGACGGUCAGACGGCAAAUUGCAGUGAGAAGGAGAAGGAUGGGUAG